GAGAAUUGAAGACCAAGGAAAGGACAUGAUCUGAAUGGCUCUCUUUACAAUCACUGGAGGAAGCUGUCAUGCACAAAACACCAGAACCCGGCAUGGCUGGGAAACCUUUCCGGGCCACCUACAUCUGGAGCAGCAUCAUCUCAAAUCUCCACACUCAUGUGGAGGUCAAGCGCCGGCGCCAUAACCUCAAGUCCUACCAUGACUGUUUCCUGGGCUCAGAGGCCGUGGACGUGGUGCUGGCACACAUCACCCUAAACCGUUUCUUUGGUGAUGAGGCAGUACCCCGCUACAAGGCCGUCCGUCUCUGUCAGGCCCUGAUGGACUCAAGAGUAUUUGAGCCAGUGGGCAUUAAAGUAUUUGGGAAGGAAAAGAAGCGAGCCACUUUUGAGGACAGUAGUUGUAGUUUAUACCGGUUCCUGAACUCUACAACUGUUUCCUCAUCAUCACUGACCAACACCAAGUCUCACUCCACCAGCACCAUCGAGAGCGGCUACGACUCACCGAGCAUAAACAGGAACAAGAACGGCUACAGUCCGUCACGUGAAAGACAAAGUGCGCUGAGUUACUCCACCCACUCCCCUGCAAAAGCAGACAAAUCAGUGGAGGACGUGCUGGGAAACCUCAACCUGAGCUCCACCAUCACCCCUCAGAUGAUCAACCUCGGCCUCUCACAAGAGCUUGUGGAUGAGGUGUGGCAUCAGCAGGCUGUGUUCAGGCUGUUGCAGCUGAUAGAGCUCCCCCUGUUGGAGAAGCUGUUGGAGGGUAAAGACACACCCCGGCACCCCCUGAGUGGCAUGGACAGUGACCCCGACCUGUUGUAUACAUCAAGCUACCUAGAUCGAGAGGUCCUCAAGGCCUUUAGUGAAGCACAGGCAGAUGAGUGGAUGUUAGGGGCAGUGGACUGUCUAGAGUUUCUGCCUGAUGAGCUGGUGGUGGAGGUCAGUCGGGGUUUAGCCGGUUGUGCUGAUGACCUGCUCCGGUGUAAGAGUCUGCUCUAUGAGGUCCUGGCUCAGCAUUACGGAAACACACAACAGCCGCCUCUGCUCAACAACCACAUUUUUGACAUCCACUCUGGCAUCUCGGAGCUCCUCGUAAACGGCAAGCAAGAGCAAGCUCUAGAGUCUCUGCAGCUGAGCCUAAAGCUGCAGGACUCUCGCAGCAGGGAGGAGCUUCGCAGGCUCCUGAGAUUCAUGGCUGUCGCAGCUAAACCACAGGAGGUCAAACUGCACAAAGAGAUUGAGAACAGAAUGGCAGUGAAAAGGUCUUUUGCAAGUGCCAUCGUCUACAGCAGAAGGCUCUCCAAAGGGAAGGUGGACCUGAUGGUUCUGUUCAUGAUGGAUAACCACUGCGAUCUGUUCAAAAUUCCUGUUUCAUUGCACAAAAUGGUCAGUGACAGAAUAACGAAUAUUGUGAAGGGGAAGGAUCCAGAUGUGAUAACAGGAUCAACAUACUGCGAGAGAGUGAGCUCUAAGGCCUACUCAGAAAACGCACAAAAAACCACUAAAGAGGAACUUUGGACGUUACUCCGGACAGUACACGAGAACCCUAAGCUCUCCACUAAGGAAAAGAGACGGCUGCUGGGACAGUUUUACAAGGGCCACCCAGAGAUUUUUGUUCAGUACUUUGGAAAUAGAUUGUCCACCGUCAACAUGUUGCUACAGUGAUAUAUAUCAGUUUAUCUAUUUAUGUAUUAUAAUGUAAAAAGAGGUAGAUCUAAGAACAAAGGUAAUGUGAUGUAAAUGAUGUGAAGAUGUGAAGUGUAGUACGUGAGUUUUAUUUGCUUGUAUGUAAAUAGUAUAGACUACUAAACAAGAAUGUGAAUUUGAAUUGUGGAGACUUGUAAUAAGCUGCGAUAUUUAAGGACUUUUCAUUUCUUAGAUAUUUUCUUUGGUGCAGGACACUAAUAUGAAAUGUUCUUGUCAGUUGUAUAAGAGACUGUUACUUUCCCAGAAUGACAAAAUGAACCUUUUUUUUUUUUUUUUUUUACAUUUUCACACUGCAACGCGUCUUGACAGCAUUCAGACAAGUCUGCAUAAAUCACUUUUCAAUGGAUGUAUUCUUUGUGCUUGUGCAAUAGGAACAGUGUUAGCAAUAAAAAUGUGUCUGUUCAUGUGGUUUCUCGUGGACGAUGUGAUGCACAGUAGAGCUAUGUCUCGAGGAACCCUCAAACGGAAAUUUGAACCUGGAAAUUUGAAAGUCUGAUGUUGUGCUGUAAAACAGUCAGAAGCAUUCAUGAGAAUCAGCCCUCUGGGUUUUUGUGUUUGUUGCAACAUAUCAGCAAAACAGAUGUUUGUAGUUUGUUGUUUUUGUUUUUUUUGUUUUUUUUUUUUACUUAAAAAAAGCCACGUUUUAGUGGUAUCUUCAGGGUUCUGUUUUAAAUAAGGCUCAUGUACUCAAUAAUCAGCCAAGGAAAUCACUUCCACAUUUCCAGGUGAUAAAAACAUCCCCAGACUAAGUUAAAACCACUUACAUGUUGUUUGUAUUUGGCAAAUCUUAAUAAAUUUCAACUGGAAUUGUCUAACGUU